AUGCCAUUCAACGUCGCAACAAUCAAAGACAAAGCAGUAUCUGCGAAGAAUGCAACAGUGACAAAGGUCCAAAACACUCGAGACCGGCACUCGAGUAUGCCCAUGGCCAAGACUCGCUUCGCAGAAGCUGGAUACGUUCCUGAUGCUCGUAAAGCCCCUCCGCCUCCUCCACCUCCGAUGCGCUCGCAUGUAUCAGGUCAGCGCUUCGGACGGACAAGUGGGGAUGGAACGGAGGACGUGGGAGCGACAGAGUCAGCUCCUCCACCUGUUGUACGGAACACCAAGCCGGUUAUGAAUACGAACACACUGUCCAGUCCAUCGGAAUCUUCACUUCCACCUGCACUUGAUCGCACUCAGUCUGUCCUAGAACGGGCGAAGGCGUUUGGUGCGGAGGCUCGACCUGCGAUUUCGUCGCAGCCACAGUCUUGGAAGCGGUCAAGACCAACCCCAAAAGCCGACGUUUCAACCGAAAUCGCUUCGAUUGACUGGGCGAAUCUUUCUCCCACGGAUAAGCAGGUGUUCUUUGAAUGGCUUGAUGAGUUCUUUGCACGGUACCUUCAGAGAGCAGCCGAAGUCACCUCCCCAGGAAAGACAGAGAAGAAAGAAGUCGGAAGGGUUGGGGAACACGUUGAGCCUCCUCCAGCUCCGCCUGUGUCAAAGGCAACAGUUGUUUCGGGCGCAAAGCUUGGACCUCCGCCAACGAUAAGGUCGUGGUCGAAACCCAGUAUUGACACCGUCUCACAAUCACAAUCUGAAUUUACACCAUCGUACCCACCAUCGACAGUGCAUGGCAGCCAAGCACUCGACCUCGCUGAUUAUUUCCACCCUUCGACCCAAUGGGACACAGCAUGGUACGCUGGACCCAAUGCAAUCCCACCUCCUCUGCAAACAAACCUGUAUCGACUAUACAAGGCGCAAAUGGUAUCCCGCGGAGACACUAAGUCUAUCCAAUUUGCCAUUCUCUUCAAUGAUCUCAGCGCUGCAUGGGUAUCUGUGUCUUUCUCCGUAUCGACCAGUCGCGUAACGGAACGGUCAGCGAAAUACCUCCCUGUACCUCCCGCGCUUCCGCAAGAAUUAUUAGUUCAGGCUAACGAGAUGUACGGAGAAUCGAUCGCGAGCUAUGCAGAAAGCUACUUGGGCUCAGGUCAAUUUUGCGCAAGAGGCGAAUGUUGGGACCUUGCAAAUGAGGCACUCAAGUUCUUCGCUUCGGAUCCAUCUAUCCCACCACCUGUACCAAGCUUAGGUCGAACACACGGACACCUGAUAUUUGCAGGUCGCGCAUAUCCUGGAGGGAUUCAAGUGGGACGAUGGCGCGGAGGCGAUGACCGCAUACGAAGAGGUGACAUUGUCGAAUGGCGGAGUGUCCGUCGAAUCGGUAUCGUCGGUGGUCCUCCAGGAGCGUACGGUAUGCUCGGCGACCCAGAACACACCGCCGUCAUUUCUCGCGAUGCUACUCCUUCUCCGUCUGCGCAUCUCUAUGAUGGGGCAAGUAUCGAACCUCGGGUAUUUCGAGAAUUGGAAGUCGUCGAGCAGAGUCGGAACUUUAACCCUCCUGAACCAGUUAAGAAAUGUUAUGAUUUGGAGAGGUUUGAAGAAGGUGAGGUGUGGAUUUAUAGGCCCAUUAGUUUGGAGGUGUAUUUGGGAUUUGGUGAGCUUGAGUGUGAGGCUCCUUUGACAGCACUUUCUAUUUAG